CCCGUCAUACACCAGGGCAUGACUGAGGAAAGAUGGCGGAAGGAGGAGCGGCCGAUCUGGAAACCCAGAGAGGAGAGGUCGCGGCACUGAUGAAAACGCCGUUAAAAAAGGGCGACACUUGGUAUUUGGUAGACAGUCACUGGUUCAAACAGUGGAAGAAAUAUGUGGGAUUUGACAGUUGGGACAAAUAUCAAAUGGGUGACCAAAAUGUCUACCCUGGACCGGUUGACAAUUCGGGACUUCUCCGAGAUAGGGACGUUUUGGUCAUUAAGGAACACCUUAUCGACGAGCUCGACUACAUCCUGGUCCCCACGGACGGCUGGAAUAAGAUGGUCAGCUGGUACGGGCUGACAGACGGUCAAGAGCCAAUCGCGCGCAAGGUUGUCGAGCAAGGCAUGUUUGUGAAGCACUACAAGGUGGAGGUGUACCUGACAGAGCUGAAGCUAUGCGAGGAUAGCAAUAUGGACAAUGUGGUCACCAGGCGCUUUAGCAAAGCUGACACAAUAGACUUAAUAGAGAAAGAAAUGAGAAAACUCUUCAGCAUCCCGGAUGAGAAGGAAACCAGGCUUUGGAACCGGUACAUGAGCAACACCUUCGAACCUCUCAACAAGCCCGACAGCACCAUCCAAGACGCCGGCCUCUACCAAGGACAGGUUCUCGUAAUAGAGCAGAAGAACGAAGACGGCUCGUGGCCCCGGGGCUCAGACGCACUCAAGUCAUCCGGUGCUUCCAAUCUCUCUGCUUUGCCAAAGAUCUCGCCUUCAUCUCUCACAAACAAUCAUAACAGCAGCUUCAACAGCAGGAAUGUGAAGAAUUCAACCUUCAGCCUCCCGUCCUACCACACUUACAGUAACAGCUACGACUACUCGGAACUGAGUCGACAGAGUGAACACGCGGGCCUGUGCGGUCUGUCCAACCUUGGCAACACAUGCUUCAUGAACUCUGCUGUGCAGUGUUUAAGUAAUAUCCCUCCCCUGACGGACUACUUCCUGAAAGACAAGUACACGAGCGAGCUGAACGUGGACAACCCUCUGGGAAUGAAGGGGGAGAUUGCAAGAGCCUACGCCGAGCUAAUUAAGCAGCUGUGGUCUUGUAAAUACAGCCACGUUACGCCAAGGCCUUUCAAGACCCAAGUGGGCCGUUUUGCCCCUCAAUUCUCAGGCUACCAGCAGCAAGACUCUCACGAGCUGCUAGCGUUUCUCCUAGACGGUCUUCACGAGGACUUGAACCGGAUCAGGAAGAAGCCGUACAUACAGCUAAAGGAUGCUAACGGCCGACCUGAUAAGGUGGUUGCCGAAGAGGCUUGGGAAAGCCACAUCAAAAGGAACGACUCGAUAAUCGUGGACAUCUUUCAUGGCCUUUUUAAGUCCACCUUGGUGUGCCCUUUUUGCUCCAAGGUCUCUGUGACUUUCGAUCCUUUCUGCUACUUGACGCUGCCUUUGCCAAUGAAAAAGGAACGCACCCUGGAGGUUUAUCUAGUCAGAUUAGAUCCUCUCGCCAAACCCACGCAGUACAAACUGACAGUGCCAAAGGUGGGCUGCAUCUCAGACCUGUGUACCUCCCUCUCCAGUCUGUCUGGAGUGCCCGCUGAAAAGAUGAUCGUAACAGACAUCUACAGCCACCGUUUCCACCGGAUCUUCGCUACCAACGAAAACCUUAGCAGCAUCAUGGAGAGAGACGAUAUUUACGUGUUUGAGGUUGCAGUAAACCGGGUGGAAGACACGGACCACGUUGUUAUUCCUGUGCACCUGAGGGAAAAAUACAAACAGUCGGGAUUCAAUCAAACCAGCACGCCACUGUUCGGACAGCCUUUCCUCAUUGCUGUACCGAGGACCCUUAAUGAGGACAAACUCUACAACAUGCUGUUACUGCGCCUGUGCCGGUUUGUGAGAUCUUCUGUCGCGGAAGAUGAAGACGACUGCGAAGAGACUCAGUCAAGCAAACAACACGCUGUUAAUGGGAACGCAACCAAUGGCGUGUCAGAAGAAGGGUCGCCAAGUGAGAUGGAGACUGACGAACAGGACGACGAGUCCAGUCAAGAUCAAGAGCUGCCGUCCGAAAACGACAACAGCCAAUCGGAGGACUCUGUUGGCGGGGACAACGAGCUGGAGAACGGCGUGGUUGCACCUCAGAACUCCACCAAAGGCCUGCAUGCUGGCGGGCACAGCAAAAAGAGACUUUUCACAUUCCAGCUCAAUAACAUGGGUAAAUCAGACUUCUCCCUCAUCAAAGAAGACACCAGGCAGAUCCGGUUUGAUGAGGGACAUUUACGGCUCAACGAUCGCUCUUUUCUCUCUUUGGAUUGGGAGCCCGAGAUGAAAAAGAAGUAUUUUGACGAGACGGUCGUCGAGGACUUCGACAAGCACGAAAGCAUGGAGUACAAACCUCAGAAGAAGGCUUACUUCAAAUUAAAAGACUGCAUUGAACUUUUUACCACUAAGGAGAAACUGGGAGCUGAGGACCCUUGGUACUGUCCGAGUUGUAAGAUGCACCAGCAAGCCACAAAAAAGCUAGACUUGUGGUCUCUGCCUCCAGUGCUCGUGGUUCAUCUAAAAAGAUUCUCCUACAGUCGCUAUAUGAGAGAUAAACUAGACUCCCUUGUUGACUUCCCACUCAGUGAUUUAGAUAUGUCAGAGUUUCUGAUCAACCCCAACAGCGGACCGUGUCGCUACGACCUCAUCGCCGUGUCGAACCACUACGGCGGAAUGGGCGGAGGCCACUAUACCGCUUACGCCAAAAACACAGAUGAUGGAAAGUGGUACAAUUUUGACGACGGCAACGUGUCGCCUGCCAGCGAGGAUCAAAUAGUGUCCAAAGCAGGCUACGUGCUCUUCUACCAGCGUCAGGACACCGUCAAAGGCACUGGCUACUUUGCGCUCGACCGCGAGAAAGAGGACGACAAGGAAGAAGAAGAGGACGAAGAUGAGGAGGAGGAAGACGACGAGGAAAACGAAGGGAGACGGAGCGCAUCCUCGAUCCGGUGCGCCGAGGACGUGAACGAGAACGAGUGCGCCAAGAACGACGACGAGUCGGAAGCGGAGGAAGACGAAGCGCCCGGUCGAGACGUCGCCAUGAGCGCCAAUUGACGAAAGAAAUAAAAGGGAGAGAAAAAUCUUUCCAUUCAAAGCCAUAUGGACACACAGCAUGGCUCGCAAGCGUCGGGCUCGCCAGGCCGAGCCAAAAUGGGCGCGACGUUCGCGGUACGCUGGGAAUUCAGAGCUCUCCUCCGUAGGCGGAAUCACUCGUGUGUUUGCGCGUGUUGGAGCGGUUUGUCUUUUAUAUCUCGAAAAGAAACGUUGGCAUUUUUAGUCAUGUUAGCCUGUACAUAAAACACUGAACAUUAGCAUUGCGAACUUGCACAGUCACCAUCUAUCCAAUUUUACUUUUAUAGCCCGUAGUUUAAGUUGACGGAGUAUUAAGGUCACAAAAACACGAAAAAAUGUGUAUGGAUGCAGCUUGGUAAUAUUUGGACUUUUGUUUCGUUGAUUUGCUCAAUAUUGCAGGGCAAUGCUACGUCUAGGAACUUUGCGUAAAGUACCGUAUUUUCCGGACUACAAGUUGUUUUUUUUUCCUCAUAGUUUAGCCAGACCUCCGUGAAGUUGGCCCCUCCAUGCGACGCAAAUUUAUCCAAAAAACGUUUAUGCUUGUUUGUGGUGGAAAAAGUUUCGUCCGUGCUGUUAUCGUUAUUUACAAUUCUUUCAUAGGUCGAUCUGAGGUCAACCAGCCACCCCAUUUUGAUUAAAAAUGGCGUCAAUUGUUAAUGCUUCGUUUGUGAUGUAAAACGUUUGUGCUGCUAUCGUUUUUGAUGCAUUGAUUAGCGCAGCCCCCCCAUUUAUUGCAAAAUGGUUCCAUUCGUUUAUGCUACGUUUGUGCUGUAAAAACUUUCAUUUGUACUGCUAUCCUUUUAUAGAUAUAUUACCGUAAUUUAAGACUACAAGCCGCUAAUUUUUCCCUCAUUUUGAAUCCUGCGGGUUAUAGUCCAGUGCACCUUAUUUGUUGAUUUAUUUGGGUUAAUAGGUAACAUUUUAUUUGACAGCGGUGUCAUAAGACAGUCAUAAUUAAGACAUGACACUAUUAUGGGCAUUACAGAAUGCUUAAGGAAGAUGUCAUUAAGUGUCAUCUGGCAAAUUAUGUCACUAACUCCAUUUAUGUCCAGCUCGGAUCUUUUACAUCCAUUCAAAAGUGAGGUAAUUUUCCAGGUAACACUAAAUAACAUGUUAUACAGUGUCAUGUCAUAAUUAUGAUUGUCUGAUGAGUCUUUUGGAGCCACUGUCAAAUGGAGUGUUACUCAAUGCCAUAACUAUCAAUUAAUGAAACUACUUGUAAAGUAACUGAAGAAAUAAUGACAGAACAUGAUUUUUUAUUGUUUACAUCUGUAGCGCUGCAAUGCAUGCUAGGAGGCAUGUUGGACAACAACAGUGCAGCAGAGGUUGCUUGUCUCCCCCAAGGGAGUAGUGAUGGCCAAAUGAAGCGUCUUGAAGCAAUGAAGCUUUGCAGCCAAUUGGUUCAAAGCUUCGUGGUGGUUUAUUUGGUCUUGUGACAGUCAUAUGAAGCUGUUGUCCAAAGAAAGUGUUACCGGUUAAUAUCUUUUGGCGUAAAUAUGCUACAGUAAGUGACGACAGCUGCGGCUUAUCUAUGAACAAAUGCUGCUUUUGUGUCGAAUUUGGUGGGUGGCUGCCAGGUGAGCAUAAUAGUCCGAAGAUGAAGGUAAUUUCGAGUGAUUACAUCAAUCACAGCACCUUCAUCGAGGCUGAUGGAGCGUACUUACCCUCUAAAUAUAGAGGAUUUCCCAACAACUAACACCAACGUUGCACAAACAAAUGGGAGCAUUUUGGUUCCAUUUUGCAAUAAAUUUGGGGGGGGGGGGUUCUGCAUGUUGUCAUCACUUGAAAUUUGUAUCUUGACAUCUCAAAAAUGGUAGCAACAUAUACGAUUUACCAGCAGGGCCCAGAACAAAAAGUGGUAUUUGCCAUGUGGGAAAAUGGAUUUUGCCAUGUGGCUUUUUUUUUUUUUGCCACGUGGCAAAAUGUAUUUUGACAUGUGGCUUUUUUUUUUUUUUUUGCCAUGUAGCAAAAUGGAUUUUGGUUUGUUUUUCUGCCAUUUAAUAUGAAUGGAAAAUUUACAUGUGCAUAGGUGUCAAUGGCAUAGCCUGACUUGGGUGUCAGUUAAAUGACAAUGUGCUGUAUUGUAAAGUGCAUGGUCAAAAAUCACAGCCACACGUUUUUCUGCCAUUUAAAAUGAAUCGAAAAUUUGUACGUGCACAGCCGUCAAUGGCAUGGACGUGCAUGGCCUGCAAAAAUGCCAUAAACCCCCCCCCCCAAAAAAAAACCCACAUACCAAAAAUAAAAUGCCACAAAUCAAAAUCCAUUUUGCCACAUACCAAUAAAAAUGCCGCAUGUCAAAAUACAUUUUGCCACAUAGCAAAAAAAAAAAAAAAAAAGCCAGAUGGCUAAAAAAUGCCACAUGGUAAGAAAAAAAAUGCCACUUUUUGCCAUGUGGCAUUUUUUUAGCCAUCUGGCUUUUUUUUUGCUAUGUGGCAAAAUUGAUUUUGCCAUUUGGCAUUUUUCUGCCAUGUGGCAAAAUGUAUUUUCGUUUGUUUGUUUUUCUGCCAUUUAAUAUCAAUGGAAAAUUUGGACGUUGAUCGCCGUCAAUAGCACGGACGUGCAUGGCCUACAAAAUAGCCAUUAACCCCGCAAAAAUGCCACAUAC